UAAAUAAAUAAAAUCAAAUUCAUAAAAUUCAAAUUCGCACAUAUCACACGCACACACACACAUGUCUAUAUGCGUAUAUGGAUAUCUAAAUGCAUAGAAAUAACAUAAUAAAUAUGAAAUUGAAAGAGAAGAGAACAUUUACGUUGCCCCAGCAACCCGGCAUAUCGGUGGGGAGUCGUCGUCAACAUUAUUAUAUCAUGGAAACUGCUACCGGUUGGAUGUUGACGCUAUUGUUGAUUUGCUGUGCCACACUGCUAUGCCCAUUGGGCAGUUACGCGUACAAUAUUGAUAUACCCAGCUAUGUACGGCAUCAACGUGAACCAAAUACAAUGUUCGGUUUUAGCAUAGCAUUUCAUAAAGGACGCAAUGGUUAUCCGGAAUCAAAUUCAUUAGUGGUCGGUGCUCCUAAAUUUGAUACCUCAUCAUUUCAGAAAGGUGUUGUCGAAGCAGGUGCUGUAUUUAAGUGUGGCAUGAACGAUGGUGACUGCAUUCUUGUGAAAUUUGAUUCAACAGGCAACAAACGCAACACAAAUGGUGAAGUGAUUGAUCGUAAAUCAUAUCAAUGGUUGGGUGCAACAGUGGCUACAAGUCGCGAUAGCGAUUUGAUUGUGGCUUGUGCUCCACGCUUUGUUUUCCAUACAAUGACACCGACUAAGAACUUACGUCAUGAUCCUAUUGGUACGUGUUUUACCUCAAGAAAUUUUACGCAUUUCAAUGAGGUUUCACCAUGUCGUACAAAUAACUUUGGCUAUCAUCGACAGGGAUUUUGUCAAGCGGGCUUUAGUGCUGUUUGUAGUAGUAGAGGCGAUCGUUUAUACAUUGGUGCACCGGGCAGCUGGUAUUGGCAAGGACAAGUAUACUCGAUCUCACCAGAUGCCACUUUCCCGUAUAAGCCGCCGUUCUAUCAACCUUUCGGUACCGGAGGUCAAACGUAUUCGUACGAUGUAACCCGUCCGGAAAAUCAAGUAUUUUCAACUUUGGAAAGUACGCCCAAGGAUGACGAUUCGUAUUUGGGUUAUUCGAUGACAGUCGGUGACUUUAAUGGUGAUCGCAUCGAUGAUGUAGCGAUCGGUAUGCCUCGGGGAGCUGGUCUUUUAGGCAAAAUUGUAGUUAAUGGCUGGAAUAUGGUGAACAUAUUUAAUAUAACCGGCCGUCAAAUUGGUGAAUACUUUGGGUAUUCAUUGGCUACGUCAGAUGUCGAUGGUGACGGCUUAGAUGAUUUAAUUAUCGGUGCUCCCAUGUACAGUGAGCCUGGUAAUGCCGAGGGUAAAUAUGACGUGGGUCGCGUGUACAUUCUUUUACAAACCAGUACAGAUGAGGCAAACCGUUGGACUGUCGAACAUAUUCGUGACGGUUUUAAUACUAAAGGUCGGUUCGGUUUAGCCUUGGCUUCGCUGGGUGAUGUUAAUCGUGAUGGUUUCGGUGAUUUCGCUGUGGGUGCACCGUACGAUGGUCCUGAAGGUCGUGGUGUCGUGUAUAUAUUUCAUGGAUCUCCUAGCGGUCCAUUGCAGAAGCCCUCUCAAAUUAUAAAAUCAGAAGAUAUUGUUGAGGGAGCUCCGUUCCCUCGAACAUUUGGUUUUGCACUUUCCGGCGGCAUAGAUAUGGAUGGUAACACUUAUCCUGAUCUAGCUGUCGGUGCUUAUGCUUCUGAUCAAGUAUACAUAUUUAAAUCGCGUCCAGUUGCGGCGGUGAAUGCCAUGACUUCGUUCCUUAGCCCGUCUAAACUUAUUAAUCUCGAUGAGAAGAGUUGUCAAACCGUUCGCGACAGAAAAAGAGUGGUUUGCACCGAUAUUAUGACAUGUUGGAGUUACACUGGAGAAUAUUUACCACAUGUCCUGGAAUUUGACGUGUCGUGGGUUUUGGAUGCUAAAAAACCUAAAAGUCCGCGCAUGUUCUUCCUACUCGAUGAAGGCAAAAAUAUACGCAAUCUAUCCAUAACUUUGGGCUUUGGUAAAACGUUUUGUCGCAACGAAACUGUUUACUUGAUUGAUAAUGUUCAGGAUAAGUUAACACCAUUGGAAGUAGAAACACGCUAUAACCUACGUAACAGUCGCAGUUGGACCAGCGCCACCAUUCCAAGGCGCAAGCGUGAUGCCUUAGACCCGGUCAUUGAUCAAAACCGUGAUAUUGUACAAAGAGACGCUAUCAAUAUACAAAAGAAUUGUGGCGCCGAUAAUAUCUGUGAGCCCGAUUUAAGACUACAAAUAAGGACUGUGGAUAAAUAUUUGUUGGGCUCAGGGGAACCAUUGUCAAUUGAGGUUUUGAUUUCAAACAUGAAUGAGGACGCUUUCGAAGCCGCUUUCUACAUGCUAAUGCCAAAAGAUUUGGAUUUCAAAAAAAUCGAAGCAAUCGGCAACAAGACAGAUACUCCGAUUACUUGUACCGCUCCCUCAGAGUCCAAUAAUUAUACAUUGAAAUGCGAUAUUGGUAAUCCGUUGCAAUCAAAAAAGGUGGCAAAUUUCAAAGUGAUUAUGUUACCCUCGCAUAAAGUGGGCAUGGCUCCUAGCUAUGAUUUCUUCAUGGAAGCUAAUUCGACAAAUCUCGAGAAGCCUGGUUCCCAUUUCGACAAUAUCAUACGCAAAAGCAUUAGUAUUUGGGUUGAAACGAAUCUCACUAUUGAUGGCACAUCUUUGCCAGAUUUUGAGCUUUACAAAGCGUCCGAUUACACUACAGUAGAGAAUGCUACUAGGGAGGAAGAUUUGGGCCCUCAGGUCGUGCAUCUGUAUAAUAUUUUCAAUAAAGGUCCUUCAACAAUUGAAGAAGCUGUAAUAUUCAUAUAUUACCCGUUUCAAACAACGGCAGGAGAUCUUUUAAUGUAUAUGACCAAUCAACCAGAAACUGAUGGCAACAUUGUAUGUGAUCCCCAUGUGAAUGUGAAUGCUUUGAAUUUACAAUUGGACCAAAAUUUAGUGCGUAAAUCUUAUUUAGAGCAAAGGGGAGCUGUUCAACGUACACAUAUCAUGUCCGGGAGCAGCAGCAGCAGUUACGGUUAUGGCUCCACUUAUGCUACAAGUGGCUCAAGUGUCACUAUUGAAAAGUCGGACGGCCGAAGCGGUAGUUCUACAGCAGUUACCAUAGGAGGAGGCGGAAAAGUGUUAACUGCUGAAGAAGAGACCCGUUUACACAAAGAAGAUGAACAAGACGUUUCCGGUGACGCUUCAUUUGUACAUUCGCAACGGGCUCAUGCCGCCGCUGAAGCUAACUCUCGCCAUGGGGCGCAAACUGGAGGGAAUUGGGCUUGGUCGUCUUCAUGGAAUUCUUCAUCAUCCGGUCGCGGACCAUCCGUAGUUGUGUCAUCUCGAAAUAGUUCCGUCUAUUACGAUGAACAUGGUCGACCCCAUAUGGUCGAGAGCAGUACUGAAUAUAUAACCCAUCUCGAUCACGUACCUAGAGGUUAUCAUACUCAACAGCAGCAAUCUUCCGCGAAUUAUCAUCACGCUGGAAGUGGCGGCCAUGCUCAACAGCAAUCUGAACAAAUGGGUGCGGGUCAUAGCGCUCGCGGUCAUAUACAAAUGGCCGGUGCACCUGGCUCUGUGCAAUAUCAAAGAACGCAUAUGCCGGGCAGUGUUUACAGACAUCCACCACAACAUGCCGGCGAAGGUAGCUUGGGAGCUUAUAAUACUUUAUCCGGCUCUACAAAUAAUUUGGAGAAAAUAGCUGUUGGUGGACAAGGCUUUCAAACAGGUGCUUUAGAUUUGGGCACUUUAAACCGUGGAAAUGUUGAUCAGGAAUUGCGUGGCCACAACUAUGGCAAUCCUGCUGGCAAUCAUGUAUAUCAUCGUACAUAUACAAGUGGAAAUUCGAUGCCAAAAAAUGCAAACUAUCAUCAAUCUUCAACAAGUUACGGCAGUAAUAGUGGAAAGCCUUAUUAUGGCUUCGAAAACGACGAUUACUAUGACGAAAUCAAUAAUGGACAGCAAGAAUCCAAGCAAUGGUCUCGUAGUUCCUCUUCGUCAACAGCUACACACCGAAGAGUACGACGCGACGAUAUAUCGACUAUGGAAUCGAUGCAAAUUGAUUUAAAUUUACCCUGUCAAGCGGCCAAAUGUGAAACAUUACGUUGCGUGGCGCGUAAUUUAGGUAAAGACGAUAAUGUAUGGAUCGCUAUACGUACACGUAUGGUUGCUAAGACAAUGGAAAAACUAGCCGGAUCUGUAGCUUUAAAUGUUUCUACGAUGGCCGUGUCCCACGUCACCCGUUUGCCAUAUAUCGGCGAACCUAAGGACGAAAUAAUUCGUACACAUGAAAUAUUUUAUAAAGCUGUACCGGAACCGACUCCAGUACCUGAUGUAGUUCCGCUAUGGGUCGUUGUGCUGGCAGCAUGUGCUGGUGCCUUAAUACUUCUAUUAUUGAUAUUCUUGCUCUACAAGUGUGGCUUUUUCAAUCGUAAUCGGCCAACUGAUCAUUCGAUGGAGCGUCAACCACUGCGCAAUGGCUAUCAUGGUGACGAGCAUCUAUAAAAGAUAAAGAACUUCCAGAUUAUAUUUUAUACUCUUUGUGUUUGUCAUCCAUUGCCGUCAAUUUCGAUUUAAGUAAAAUGUUACUGUUAUUAUUAUUAUUAUUAUUAUGAUUAUAAUUAUUAUUAUGAUGAUGAUGAUUAUUAUUAUCAUUAUUAUUAUUAAGAGAUUCAAAUGGAUUGUUUAUUAGAUCUAAAAGGAAUAUGAAAGUAAAAAGUGUCAAAGUGUUACCGCACGUUCUGACACUAACUGUCAUUCUU